AGAGGGUUAAUGUUUGGCCUCAUUCAACCGUCUUGACCAGAACUGACCGCUAUCCUGCUUAUAUUGCUUGUUCACGUUUCUUCAUCAACGUAUUAAUUAAGGUGUAGAGAUAAUGGAUGGAUGGAUGGAGUGCAUCUGUAUCAAAAAUAGAAAAUAAUAAUUUUUAAAAAUCAUAAUAUAUUAUAUAUAUCAUGAUUUUUUUCUGAAAAUUUAUUUUGAAAUGUGAACGUUCAGACUGCUUUGCUUUCAGACCUGGCUACAGUCAGCUAAUGAGCCUUUUAGACUGAUUUAAACUGACAGAUAGAUUGUUCUGCUGGUUCGCUGUGUUAGAUGAUGGUGCACAGAAUUCAUUAGAAAUCUAGGUGACGGUAAUGAGAAUCAGUGACGGGGCUUGAAAAAAUGAAAUGAAAUGAAAAAUACUUUAUUUAUCCCAGAAGGGAAAUUCAAUAAAAUUCUUACCCUGGUUUACCCUUCACAUAUCUACCUGUAGUCCUAGAAACUUUAUAACAAAACUAAUGGAAUUGCUAUUUAGCUUCAGUACAAAUUAAAAUCAUAAAAUAACACGACACAGUCAAUAGUAAUUAAUUUCCCAUUUUAUAUCUAUAAUAAGUAAGAGACAGAUUUUUUUUCCCUUGUGCUUUGAAUGCAGUGUUCGCUUUGUAAACUGAAAUCUGGUAUUUGCUUAAUUUCUAUUUUAAAUGAGCCACGAGAGAAUCAGACAGACUCUAGUGGGAUGUUCGUCUCUCUCAAAUCACAGCUUCCCGCAAGAUUAAGAUCUGUGGCAUGUUCCGAUGUUCUAAGGAAAGCACUGUUCUGUCUUUACCUGUCCUUGUCAUUCUCUCACCGCUGCUUCUGUGUCUUCUUAAAAAGGGUGCAGAUGUGGGGCAGUGUUUGAUGAAGUGCCAGCUUCCUACCAUAAGCAGACAUAUUCUGGUGUUGUGGGCCUGCAGAGACAAUUGCAGCCAACAUGUCUAGGAAACAGACGCCGAAACCUGUGCGAAGCAAUAAAAAGAGUGAACUAGAGCGUAAGAGGGAUGAGCGGGCGGCGCGCAGGGCCAUCGUGAAAGACCGCAAGAACCGACCCCAGGAUGCCGACGAAGGAGCCGAGUUUGUCAGCUUCUCCAACCAGCUCCAGGCCCUGGGGCUCAAGCUGAGGGAAGUCCCUGGAGAUGGGAACUGCCUGUUCAGAGCUCUAGGAGACCAGUUAGAGGGUCACUCCCGGGGUCAUCUGCGGCUCCGCCAGGAGACAGUCCAGUAUAUGACGUCUCAUCGGCAAGACUUUGAACCCUUUGUCGAGGACGACGUGCCCUUUGCACAGCACUUGUCCAACCUUUCUCAGCCCGGUACGUUCGCUGGAAACGAUGCUAUUGUGGCUUUUGCUCGCAGUCAACAGGUGAAAGUGGUCAUCCAUCAGCUGAACACACCGCUGUGGGAGAUAAAUGGUGUCGAGAAGCAAGUGUGCAGAGAGCUACACAUCGCCUAUCGCUAUGGUGACCAUUACGACAGCGUGAGGCGGACCGGAGACAACUCUGAGAGUCCUGCUCACCUCCGCAUAGAGAAUCUGCAGAGCUCACAUGGCCAGCAGCGUGAGUUCGGGGACGGGCAGAGGGACAGACAGAAAAACCCUUCUUCUCCUACAGCGUCGGAGGAGGACAGCGUCAUCCUGAGCUCCAUCAAGAAUCGAGGAAUCCAGGGUGAUGAAGAGAAUCUGCUCCAGCUGAGUGCGGCAACGAUUAACGCUGAAUGGCUGGUUGGUUCUGUGCUGGGCCAGUCCUGCCAGGGCCAGUGCGCCUCAGGAUCCUGCUCAGCCUGCCGAGCUGCUGCGGCAGACUGCAGUGAGCACAAGCAGCCAGCAGAGGGCAGCAACGUUCAAAAACCGAAGGUAUCGAACAAGCAGAGGAAAGAGCAGCAGCGGCAAGAGAAGAAGAAGCGCCAGGAGGAGAGGCAUCGGCAGAAGUUUCUCCAGAGCAAAGGGAGCCAGGACCAGAACCAGAACCUGCCAGAGGCCGUCACUUUAGUACCGGCACUCAACACUCUCAGUAUAUAGACUGGAGCAUGGCCAUAAACACCUACUGCUAUUGUAGCUACCAGUGGCUGUCCACAAACUUUUGCACAUAGUCAGAUUUGAUUCAGUCACAGUGGAUACCUUUUCCUAAAGAGAGCCCUAUAGUUUCUUUGCAAACAGCAUAACGGUGCCUGCAAACUUGUGUGAGUGAGAUGCGUGAGAAGGCGGAGUGACAGAGCAUGACUAUCAGUGUUUUUGUUGAGUUUUGAUUCACUUCAAUCCCCGGCUGGUGCCGGCGUACGCAGAGGCUCGUCUGGUCCGCCUGCUGCGCCGCCUGGCCCUCUUUCUAUGCUGGACAUCUGGCUUACCGUGACAACCAUGCAGAUAAUCUUGUGCGGCUGGGCUUUUGGAUUCGGAUUGAAUUAACCUAUAUUCAGAUUUAUUCUGUUUGUGAUCAAAGCGUGAGGUGAAGGAAGAGCGGCAGUGAAAUGAUUGUUACGCACACUGUGUAAGGAAUGUGGCAAUAAAUAACGAUAAACGAUG